AAAUAAUUUAAAACUGAGGCUAACCUCACACUUAAUCUACGUUGUUCUACUCUAUUUAUUGUUAAACGAACGGUUCUAAGCUGCACACAAACAAUAGAGCGGACUGUUGGAUAAUCUGCUGGGAAUAUACGUCAUGCCGGCUGAGAAAAUUACACAUUGUGGAAGUGACCGCAAAAUCGAAGAGCACAGUUUGCAAGCAGGUAUGGAACAUACAGAUGCAGUUAACAAAGACAACAGUACUACUAUGACUUUCCAUUCAAAUACUGAUGUCAAUCCUGGGAAUUAUGUUACUGAUUUUGAUAAUAGGGUUGAAUGUUCAUUUUGCUGUGGCGAAAAUGCAGAGUCCGAAUCUGGUCAGCGAUCUUGUCAACAUUGGACUCAGGUGCGUCCAUCUAACACAAGGCAAGCACAAAAAAAGAAACUCAGAGGACUUCAAAACGGCCAUCAUGAUCCUUCUCGUUAUACCAAUAGUCGAAAUACAAAAGAAAAUACAGACAUACAACGUCCCAUCAUUAACGGUAAUUCAAUUGAUGGACAAAGUAUGCGUAAUCCAAGUGAUACUAAUACUUCAAAUUCAGCGGCUUCACGCUUUAAAUAUGAUAGAUCUUUGCAUUCAAGCAACAAAAAUGCACCAACAUCUAACACAGAACAAACUAAACCUGUAGCAUCUAAUUCAUCUUCUCCAGCUCCAUCUGUUUCUUCGGAUCUCCCAAAUGGACAUGACUUUAGUGAUAGUAGGACAUUCCCUCGAUAUGCACAUAAAUCGUCACGUUCAUUUAGAUCAUCUACUCAAGCCAACGAGUCAGACGAUCUCAACAGUCAGCGUUCAAACGCUUCACCCGUUACUGUUGGUGGAGCUAACACGAGAACCCGGGCUUCAGUGAGUCGGUAUAAUGUAAAUAUGUCACCCCAGUCUGGGGCAAUCCCUAAUGCAUAUCAAAAUGGUCCUUUUGAUCAGUGGCGACGUCCUAAUAAUAAUGGCAGUUUGCGAAGAUCACAUCAACAGCAUUUCGUACCUCGUAAUACCAGUCAGUUUCACCGUUAUAAUGGACCGGCAGCUCACCCUGGUCGACCUCAUCAGAACAAUUUCUCGCGGAAUCGCAUUUCAGGCUCUGGAAUGGGAGAUUCACCUCCCGUACAAGCAAACGACUCACCUAAUCCUGUUCUUAAUGAAUAUAAUUCACAACCUGAUUCAGUCCGAGAAGAUCUAAAAAAACCACAGACAUCUUGGGCAACUGUUGCAGUGGGUGUCCAAUGUGAACAGAAACUCUAUACACCUAAAGAUAAUUCACGAGACCAACUAGUUAGUUUCCUCCUGGAACAGUGGCGCCGUUUCGACCGAAAAUCGACCUAAUGCACAAAUUAACACGAAACGUAUUUUUAAGUAUCCCCUUUUUCACCUAUGGUAUCAUCUGGUAUUGUUUUGUACUGGGUGGGAUGUUACAUUCUUUCUUCCUCUCUCUCUUUAUAUAUAUAUCCCACGAAUUUUUAUACGACACGCUUAAUGUCGGAGAAAUAAAGUUUAUGUAAAAAUGAACCUUUCAUAGAUUUAUUUUAAGGUUUUCGUUUAUGGCGCUUGAUUUCUUCCUGCUAUUAACUUAACUUCUUAAACCGAAAUGCAAGUUAUUUUGAAAAAGAACUCAAGAUUCAAGUCACAUUCCUUAUAAUCUAUUAUUUAUUUAUUAUCUACUACUUACCUAUUGUAUAACUACUAAGGAAAGUGGAGUCGGGACUGUUUCCAGGACGUCGAAUGAAUUCUCCUCUCUAUGUUUUCAAAUACUUUGUCCCAGUACUCAUAUUGGUUUUCUUUACUGCUUUAUAGAUAUUGCAUGGUUAAGUGCGUUGUUUCCUUCUAAACCAUCACUAUUACCAUCAUCCCUAGAUAUUACUUGUUUGAUAUAUUGAUCUUUAAUUUAUAUUGUUCAAAAGUAAACAUUUCAAAUACACUUCUAAAUAAGGCAACUUUUUCUCAGUUCUGUUCAUCUAAACAGUUUAAACUUUGUAUCAUUUUUUUCCGCAUCAUUUCAUUUCAUUAUGAAUCUAUUUAUACUGUAAUUUCACGAGUAAAAUGCGUGUACUAGUUUAAUUGUAUUCUUUUUGGGAAAAAAAAGUUCUUUUAUUUUGUUAGUAACAUUAAAAUGUUUUUGGGGUACAGAAUUAUGUUUAUUAUUGCAACCACUAUGGCUUCACUUACAUUUUAUUUUCCAUUUUAAAGCUAUAUUUAUUGAACAUACAUACCUCUUCUAUCCCCUUUUACCUUUAUUGUUUUCUGUAAGCAGAUAUGUUCAUUUUGAAACAUUCAGAUAUUUGGAUAACUGGUUUGUCUUCCAUAUCUUUUAUAAUUAAAUGGUCUAAAUGUUUAAAGGGAUUUAUGCAAGAAUGAAUUUAUUAGAUUUAUUAAAAUGGACUUGUAACAAUUAUUUAUCUAGACUAACCUAGUUAUGUAUGGAACUUCUAAUUUCAUAGUCUUACGUGUUAUGUUAACACUCAAAUAAUACAAUUUCAGUAUGAACU